AAAACGGCCAAUUAUUGUCAUCCACACACAAGUACGUGUAUAGGUGUGGUAUGGAGAACAAGAGUUGUAUCUGAGGCACGGAGUUAAGACUAGUGUAAUUCCAGGAGCGUGUAAGAGCGUCAUGGAUAAAGCGAAACUAGCGCAGCUGAGAUCAGCGAUAGGGAAUGUUGGGGACGCGUUAGUCAUCACGAGCCUCGGCGCCGACACCGGUGCCUUUACAGUCUGUUUUCAUCGUCGUGAUGGUUUAGUGAUGUAGAUUUUCGAGACGCAGAGGCGGGAGCGCCGUGUCUUCACACAUAGUGCACUUUGUUUCUCUUAUCGGUUUGGGUGAAAAAACAGACUAGACAUGGAUACGCCGAGGGAAACCAGGAAACAAACAAUCAAAGCCAAGUCGGCCAAGCGCAAGAAUAAGACGCACAAGUCCCGAAAGCUGUUCAGAAGGAAAUCGUUAAAAUCGCUUGGAAAUUUUAUGAGCAGGAUUGUCAAAACUUUGGGCACUUUGGCAAACUUGGGGGACGCGGACCAGCCGGACGCGGUGGUGCAGGAUGAUGAUGGUGGGUUUGGAGACACUCUGAGCGCCCAUAACUCUGGGAAUUACAGAGAGAACUCGGCGAGGAAGACCGCUGCGCCCUCAUCUUCUUAUGGAUCCGUCAAAGAAAGACUGUCCUGGUGCUACGGCGAGAAAACCCCGGGAGUUCAGGGUCUGAAGAAUCAUGGAAACACCUGUUUCAUGAACGCCGUGGUGCAGUGCUUGAGUAACACGGAACUUCUUGCCGAGUAUUUGGGUCUGGAGCAGUAUAAAUGUGAAUUAAAUGAGCGGAGGAUCAACGGGAGGAUGAAGAAUGAGGAGGUCAGAGGGGAGGUGACGGAGAAGCUGGCAUCGCUGGUCAGGGCGCUCUGGACUCUCGAUUACACGCCUCAGCUGUCGGUGGAAUUUAAGAGUGUUGUGUCCAAGUAUGGCUCUCAGUUCAAGGGGAAUGCUCAACACGAUGCUUUGGAGUUCCUUCUGUGGCUCCUGGACCAUGUGCAUGAGGAUGCCAGCCUCUCCACAAACAACAACCAUAGCAGCAAAACCAAAUCAUCUAGCCAGGGUUCUGUGAGAUUGGAGGAGAGUUCAUGCCCCAGCCCAGCAAACUCACAGCAGCCUGGAACUCGACACAGUUUCGUACAGGAGCACUUCCAAGCUCAGUACAGGUCAUCAUUGACGUGCCCUCAUUGCCUUAAACAGAGCAACACCUUUGACCCUUUCCUGUGUAUUUCACUUCCAAUCCCACUGCGACAGACCAGGGCCCUGAAUGUGAUUCUGGUGUUCAACACUGAAGUUCAGCGGUUUCUGAGAGUAGGGUUGGCCGUGCCUCUGUUUGGGUCUGUCUCAACACUCAGGGCCAUGGUAGCAGAGGAGGGCAAGAUCCCUCCAGACCAGGUGAUUUUGACAGAGAUGAGCUCAAAUGGGUUCCAGCGCUCUUUCUCUGAUGAAGAUGAUAUGACGAGUAUCUCAGAGAGUGAUGUCACCUACGCCUUUCAGGCUCCACCCCUCUUCACCAGAGGAGGCUCCAUGCGAUUCUCAGGGUUCCAUCACUCCCUCCCUUCCUCGCCCUACACUGCAGAUCCCGAAGGUUACAGGUUACCACCCUCAGGGACGUUAUCGUCAGAAUUCAUGUAUCAGGGUGGUUCUCCAAAGAUCCUUCUGUUAAUCUGCAAUGUUGCUGGGUCUGGCCAACAAGCUACAAGGUUUGGGCCUCCAUUCCUGAUGAGAGUAGAAAAGACUCUGUCUUGGGCUCAUCUGCAACAGAGUGUCUGCAAUAAGCUUUACUUAUUUAAAAAAAAUGCAAUCAUAAAGACUGCUGAACUGUUUAGGAUGCGUGUGGUGGGUGGGUCAGCUUCAUGCAGUUACCUGUCUCCCCACGACAGCAGACCUCUCUGUCACCCGACCGUGGACAGGGCCCUGAAAUUAUGUGGUCCUGGUGGUCCUCUGCAUGUGAAGCUUGUGAUUGAAUGGGAGAACAGAAUCAAAGAGAGUCUCUUUGGUAACAUUCAAGAGGAAGUUAUUGAGGAUGCAGAGAGUGUGAAGAUCCAGCAGCAGAAUCAUGUACAGCAGCACAGCUGCACGCUGGAUGAGUGUUUUCAGCUUUACACCAAAGAGGAGCAGCUGGAACCAGACGAUGCAUGGAAGUGUCCUCACUGUAAGCAGAUGCAGCAGGGGAUGGUGAAGAUGAGCUUAUGGACCCUGCCUGACAUCCUCAUCCUGCACCUCAAGCGGUUUCGGCAGGUGGGCAAACGGCGAAAUAAGCUCUCCACUCUCAUUCGCUUUCCUAUAAGUGGCCUGGAUAUGACUCCCCAUGUGGUGAAACGCAGUCAGAGCAUGAAGAAUCUGGCCCCGUGGCCUUCAACUUGGAAACAUGGAGAUACUGACUUCCUUUACGACCUGUAUGCAGUCUGCAACCACCACGGAGGCAUGCAUGGAGGCCAUUACACAGCCUACUGUAGGAACUCAGUGGAUGGCCAGUGGUACAGUUAUGAUGACAGCAGUGUAGAGAUUGUGCCAGAAGAGGAACUGUGCACACGGGGGGCGUAUAUCCUGUUCUAUCAGAGAAGAAAUGUCAUCCCGCCCUGGUCCGCCAACAGCUCGGUCAGAGGUUCCACCAGCUCCUCCAUGUCAGAUCACUGGCUCAUCCGUUUGAAUGGUGAUAGCAAAAGAGGAAGUAUGGUUUCACGGUUUUCCACAACAUGCCCUUCUUCCAUCCCAGACUCCCCAGAGUCUCCCGUCUUUCAAAAUGAACCCUCAAUGGAAGAGAGAGUGUCUUUAGGUGGGUUCGAAAGCAGACCUUUCGUGCGAGGAAUCCAAGGGCGUAGCGUAAGCAUGAAAAGUCCCACCAAGACCAGGGUGCUCCCACUGCGAUGGUCCUUUGGAAACAAAGACCGCCACAAAGCUGCCCAGCAAGCUCCUGGCCAGGCUCCUGCAGAGCUGGUGGAGUAUCUAGAAUCUGGCAGAAGGCCAAGAUGCACCAAAGACCCCAUUGUUGCCCUAAUGACUCGGCCUUCAGAUAAAGAAAGUGGUAAAGAUAACGAUACAAAAAAACCCACAGCCAAAUAUUCAAGCCACAGCAGCCCCGGACCUCUAGAGCAUCUCAAAAUACUGCAGGGUCAAGAAAUAAGUAGCUCAGAGAAAGCAAUGGGCCAACAACCAAGCAGCAGCAGUAGAGCAAGAGAAGAUGGAAGUUUGACCAGACGGAGCAGCAGAAAAUCGAAACAGGAGCGAUCGCAGUCCAGAAACAGCUCCGGCACAGGGAUCCAAUCCAAUUCCAUGGGUCCAAGAGGGUGGGAAACAACAAAGAGGGAUGAUCCAAGCAAGGAGCAAGACCAACUAGAGGAGAAACAGAGAAAGGGCCAGGAGUCAAAACGUUCUGAUAGUGUCUUUGCAUUCCUUAAAGGCGGUUUCAUGAAGAAAGACUCGCUUCGGAGGUCUCGAGACAGUGAAUCUGUGAAAAGGGGUGAUGCAGAGGUGAAGAGUCCAUCUGGAGAUUCUCUCUCCAAUGGCACACACAAUAGAACUUCAGAAGCUCAAGCUAAAGGCACAAACCAAGUUCGUAGCAGACUCGGUGGCGAAUUUGCUAAUGGCAAGUUGAGUCAUGGGUCAUCAGACAUGAAACGCUCACAAAGUUCUUCCAAUAUUCAAACCAAGGCUGAUCUAAGUUUAAGAAGAACAGCAUCUUUACACAGGAAUGGCACAUUGGCGGCCAAGCCGCAGAGUGUUCCUAUGGACAGGGGCUCUCAGACCACCCUGCAACGCACACGCUACAGCACAAACUCACUGGGCAGAAAGAAGGCAGUACCUGAAUCAAGCUUCUGAGACUUACUUCACUACACCCAAAUAUCACAACAGCGUAGCAAAUAUCUAAAAGCCCACGUAAGACCUAUGGUAAGAAAGAUAGGUUUGAAAUGAUGGCAGCACAAUAUGAAGUUGAACAUACAUUUGGAACUAGUGGAUGAUAUUUUUGUUUGCUUUUUUCUGCUAAUAUGAAGUGCCUGUGAACCAGAGCUAUUUUUUUAAUUGUCAGUUUGUGUUUUGGCACUGGAAGUACAUUAUACGCUGGCCUCUGCACCAUCAUUUUGAAUUGAAAAAUGAUUUGCCUUGGAUUUGAUCUUUAUGUGUCACUAAAUCGAUUUAUCACCUCUAAUACAUGAAGGGAAUAGUUAUAUAUAACUUUUUUUUUUUUUUUUUUAGUUCUUUUAUGAUUCUGCCGAUUGUACUGACUGGCUGCUAACCUCCCAUGGGUUUUCAUGACAUUUAACAAAGAUGUCAGUUCUUGCACUUUCAGUGAAUUUAUUGCACCACUGUCUGACUUAAACGUGUUCUCAGACCAAAACAUAGAGCUUAUUCAUUUUUCCUUGUUUUGCAGUAUGCAUUAAAUAGAUAUUUACAAAUCUGAAUUAUAAAAUUACUUUUAAAAAGUAUGAAAUCAUACUGAAUUUAAAUGUGUGCUUUAGGUGAGAUAUAUUUCAAUGGAUGGCAUGUUGACAACACAAUGUAUUAGAACAGCUAAGUAAAACAGGGUCACUUAUGAAAAGCACAAUCACAAUAACCUCACUUUAUCGCCACUGGUUUAAUCUACUGUAUAACCUAACCACCUAAACCUAGUUUGAAUGCAGUAACAAGAGCCUGUUUAACUUAAACGAUAGUACACCAAAAAUUAAAGCUGUUUAUUCACCAUCAUGUUGUUCCAGACAUGUCUGACUUUUUUUUUUAUACAAUAGACCACAAAAGGACAUGUUAAGCAGGAUGCUCAUGCUGCUCUUUCCUAUUCAAAGAAAGUGAUUGCUAACCAGCAUGCUCUAAAAUGACACCAUUAACCCCUACUGUGUCUUGUUUGAGCCAUACAUUUUACUAGGGCCUCUAUAUGAUAAACAAAUCAAAAAGUUACUAAAAUUCUGUUCUACAUGUUUAACACAAUCUUCCACAUGUCUUCUGCCCUCUGAUUGAUGAUAUAUG